CCAAAUGGACUUCUUUCACAACAAAACCCUUCCAAAAGCCCUCCGUCGAUCCGCAUCCCUCGCUUUUCCCCCUUCUCCUCCUCCUCCUCCUCCCAUGGCGGCAGAGAUGCCUUCUUCUGCCUCUCCUCCUCUUCCCAUUCCCCCUUAUCCGAUCUUCAUUGACACUAACCUGGACACUCAUCUCGCCUUGGGCAUCUUCUGGGACGACACUGUCGCCGAUCUUAAGCGAAAAGUAAGGAGUGAGCAUGUUCUUUGCUUUCCGGACAUCGGAGAGAUCACUGUUCGAGCAAUUAAGGUAAGGCGUGAAGCAACUGUCUACAACUUGUCAGACUUGAUGCUAGUAAGAAGUGCUUUUAAUGGGAUUAAUGGAGCUUGGUUUCUCAUUGUUGAUGCAACACCAGCCAGUGUUAUACAACACCAAGCGGGAAGUGCUGACUGCAUUGUUACUGUGAAUAAUGGGCUACCAAGGAAUCAUGAUCAAUUCCAAACAGAACCUAAUUCUAGCAGUUUGCCUAAUCAUCUGAUUCUGGCUGAUAAGGAUAAUGUGCCGGAAAAACUGGCACUAACAAAUGAUAAAGAUGUUGAGUCAGACCAUAUGGAGUUAGGAGUAAAAGAUAAACAUGGUGAAUGUGAAAUGCCUCUUCAGGAACUUGAGCAAAGGCCAGGUCACAAUGUACCAGUUAGCGCAGAGCCAGUUAACGAGACAAAUGUGGUGGUUGUUCCAAAUGCUCCACGCACGAUUGGCCUUUUAGUUGACCAACCAGAGAAUGAUGCAAGAGAGGAAGAAUGUGGUAAUUCUGGUGUCAGUGUUGAUGGUGAGCUUACUUCUAGUAUUGUUGUGAAGAAUGUAAACACUAAGAAAAGGAAAAGUCUCAUACAGAAUGAUCAAGUAGAUAAUAUUCCUGUGGAGAAGAAAAGCCUUGAGGGAAAGGAUGAAUCUUCUGGGAAGCCUUUUGAUGAUUCCCCACCAACAAAGAACUUGGAAGCUUCUCACUAUAGCAACAAGCCAUCAGUCGAUACUCCAAAAGCUAGUUUAGCAGACAAACACAAAGAAAUCCCUGCUUCUUUAGAAGCAUCAGCUAAUGAAGCACUUUAUUGUAACCUCCCAUCAACUGAAAACCCUGAUAACACAGAAAAGAAGAAGAAAAAGCGAUCAUCUAAGCUUCACAGUGAAGCUGAAUCUGCAGUUCCCUCCAAUGCUGCUGACACUAAGUCACCUUCCAAAAUGGGAAAGGAAAGUACACAAACUGGUUUAGCUGAUGAAGCACCACAUGGUAGCCACCCAUUAACUGAGAACACUGAUAACAGGGAGAAGAAAAAGAAAAGGCGAUCAUCCAAACUUAACAAUGAAGUUGAUCCUGCUGUUCCUUCCAACACAGUUGACACUAACUCGCCUUCCAAGAUGGGAAAGACAAGUGCUGAAACUAGUUUAGCUGAUGAGUUGUUAGAUUUGAAUGAUGCUGCUGCUGCUUUACAAAAUCAAGCUUCUGAAGUUAUUCCUGUAGAUACUAAUCAUUCAGUCGCUGUUAUUAAAGAGACACCUGCAUAUCCAUCAGUUAGUGGUCACACAAAUCUGAAUGAUAAAUCUAAUGCAACAGCUGCACAUAUAGAAUUCAAUGGUUAUAGCGACCAUGCAGAAGCAAAAUCGGAACUUUUGACCAAGUUGAGUCACACCAAGAAAAAGACCAAAAGUAAAAAAGCACCUAACAAGAUUGACGCUUCACCUGAAGAAGCAGCUGGAAACAAUUAUAACGAUAAAAAUAGUUCAAUGCAUACCAAACUCGAGAGCGCAGAUUGCUUUCAGCAGGAUUUGUCGAAGUCUAAAUUGGUUGACUAUCCACUCAGUGAACCUCCAACUGAAGAUAAACCUGCUGACCCUUCAGAUAGCACAUAUGCAAAUCUGAAUGAGAAAUCCAAUGCAGCAACUGCCCAUAAAGAAAGGGAUGGACACAACCAUCAUAUGGAAGAUAUAACUGAACCUGCAACCAAGUCAAGCCACAAAAAGAAAAAGACAAAAACUAAGAAGGAACAAAACAAGAUUGAUGCUCCCAGAGAAGUUGGUGAAGAGAAAACUCUUGAAGAAGCAGUUAGAAAAAUUGAUAAUGACCAAAGAAAGGAAUCUCAUGCAGUAAUCCUUGAUGAAGAAAUUGCUGAUGAUGGAAAUUGUAUAAAGCAAGGUUCUGAGGAUCUGUCACAUACUAAAGGUAGAAGGUCAAAUCAGAGGAAGAAAACUGAGUUGCCUGACCAACAACCUAAACAGUUUCAAACUCCAAUAACUCCUGAUGCUCAAGCCCUUGAAGAGCAUAGUUUGAGAGACCAGAAAAAUGGUCAAGUUGAAGCCUUCAAAAGAGUAAUUCCUAAUGAAACUGCAGCUCCGAGAAGUGAUUCAGCGCCCGUUGUACUUAAAGAAAAAAAACCACGUGGUAGCAAGAAGAAAUCAUCAAAGGUGGAUUUAUCUAAUCAUGAGGCCACUGUAGAUGAAUAUGUUCCAUCUUUGGGAAAGGAUACUGCUGAAGUGAAUGAUGAAGGAAUGUUGGAAGCUACCCAAAACAGCCUUGGUAAAGAUUCUAAAAUGGCAACUGUCAAUGGAGAAGCUGUAUCUCUUGAAACUCCUGCAGAAGUUCAUGGUAGAAGAUCACGUCUGCAGAAAAAGAAAUCAGAAAAGACAACGGAGGAAACUACGACGGGAUCACUGCUAGAUGCUCAUGAUGACUUUGGUAAGGAAGCUGCCUGUGAUAUUUCCCAUAAUGUAGACCAUGGGCGUAUUCAGGAUGGUUCUCUUAAGAACGCUGUUGAAGAAGCUCUUAACAAGGUGCCCUCUGAAGUAGAUGGUGAACCUCUUGAGAAUGAUGUGGUCGAUUUCAUCAAACAUUUUGUUCCUAAGGUGAGCCAAAAUGAAUCAGCUGAACCACAAGAGCUUGCACCUAUGGAGACACAAACUAGGAAACCUCGUAAGGAACAAACUUCGAAGAAAAGGAAGUUAAGCAGUCAUCCGAGAGAUUCUUCCAACAAGGCGGAUAAUUUAAUGUCAAAUGAGCACCAUUUGCAUCAAAGCAAACCAGAGGAAACCAAUUUUGCCCUUCAUGAUUUGGCUGAUCUGGCAGAACAGUUGUCAGAGAAGGGCCGCAAAAGUAAUAAGGCAGAUAAUGAGAAACCUAAAGAGGAUGUGGGAAAAACUGAGGUUUCGCAUGGUAACAACUCCCCUAAAAUAGGAUCUCCAAGCAAAUUGCAUAAUAAGAAGAUUGCAAAGAAGCUGAAGGAACCUCGCUCUGGCAUGGUUCAUGACUUGUUGACAAGGGAUGAGCGGAAUGUGCAUGAAGAGUAUCCUACAGGGAAGCUGCCUGUCUCUGGGAGUAAUGCCAAAUCUCUCCCAUAUUCGGAGAGCAAUGAUGUCACAAAGCUAAAAACUGCCAGCACAGGCAUUCAAUCUGCCCCUGUUAAUCAGGCUCGCUCUGGUGUGGAUUCUGAUAUUUCUCUCAAAGAAGGUGUGGCAGAUCGGGUGGCAUCGGAUGAUAGCACAGAAGAGGACACCUCUUACCAGAAGAAGCGGUAUAAAGUUGCAGUUAGGAAAAUUCCAAGUAAAAGAUAUGUGAAGCUUAUGGGAAAUUCGAGACAGAAAAAUGGUGUGCAAGCUACUUCUAGCACUAUCUUUGAUGACACUGUAAGUGGCAGUUCAGAUGAUGAUGCAUUUGAAUUUAGAACUAGAAAAUCGACCUUGGAAGAUAAUUCAUUUACUUCUGCUGAUUCAGAUGGGGACUAUAUGAACACGUCAGGAGUAGUUUCUGCUGCUGAUGAUAAGAAUAGCAAGGAAAGUGAUGCAGAUGGCUUCAAUUUGUCACAAUCUUCAAACACAGCUAGGAAGAGCAUGCCCCUCAGCAGCAUACUUAGAAGUUCGAGUAGCUACCGAAAGGUGAAGCGUACAGGGUCGCAAAGUCAGGCCGAGGACUCCGAAAGCCAACCUGUUGAUAUGGUGUUGGAAACUCAGCCCGAUGAGUGACGAAGCUCAAGAGUCUUUACCCGUCUUUUUGUCGAAGCAUUGAUUUUGGUCAAGCAUCUUUUUGUGCCGUUUUGCAUUUUGAUGGAACAACAUGUUGCUUCAGUGUUUCAGCCAAACAGUGGUUUUCAUUUCCUAUAAUUUUUGCCCCCUAUGUUGUGUUUCAGCAUACAUAUGCUUAUUACAAACAAAGAACACCCUGUUGUGAUGUCUACAGGGACCCAUUUUUGCCCAAGAAAGUAAUGAACCAUGGUGCACUUUUACUGGUUU